AAUAAAUAAACAUUUUGAGCGAGAAUGUCCCGAAAAUCAAAGAAAGGCGACGGGACCAGGCUCAACCUGAUCGACUUUAGUUUCCUAGACCGCAAGGCUGAGCUAUCUGGGCUCCUGCAGGCCAAGAGUCGCCAAGUGGGCAGAAGUCUGGUGGAGAACGAAGGGGACUUCUGGAAGUUCGUAGGCAAAUACGAGGCCAUGAUGCGCUCCACGGGCCAGCCCGUGCUGCCAUCGCUGCUCUCCGAGGAGGAACUGGUCACCUCGCAGCCGUAUCACCGCAGCAAGCACCUUGCUUUGCGGCUGGACGGGGAUGCCCUGCUCCAAGAGGCACACGCCGAGAUGCACUUGCAGUUCCGCCAGCUCCUGCUGGUCUACCUGGACUUUCGCCAGGCGGAGAAGUUCCAGCGCAUACGGAAGCUGCGGCAAACGCAGCGCAACCUGCCCAUUGCCCGCUUCCGCCAGGAUUUGCGCGAGGCCCUGGACACGUCCCGUGUGGUCAUCGUGGCCGGCGACACGGGCUGUGGCAAGUCCACGCAGGUGCCCCAGUUCCUUUACGAGUUCGGCUACCGCAGCAUAGCCUGCACCCAGCCACGCCGCUUGGCCUGUGUGUCCCUGUGCAAGCGCGUGGCCCACGAGCUCCUGGACGACUACGGCAGCCGGGUGGCCUUCCAGAUCCGCUUCGAGCGCAGUCGUACACAGAGCACCAACAUCCUGUUCAUCACGGAGGGCCUGCUGCUGCGCCAGCUGGCCGUGGCCGCCAAUCUCGACCAGUACGACGCACUCAUCCUGGACGAGAUCCACGAGCGCAACCUGUUCGGCGACUUUCUGCUGGGCGUGACCAAGUGCCUGCUGCGAGCGCGGCCGCAGCUGAAGCUGAUCCUCAUGUCGGCCACCAUCAACGUGGAGCUCUUCCACGGCUACUUCCGCGAGGAGGGGGCCCGUCUGGUACAGGUGCCGGGUCGCCUGUUCCCCAUCAAGCUGCGCUACCUGCCGCCGCCGGCUCUGGAGCUGAAGGCGGGCCAGGCGACCGCCUCGUCCAAGCGUUCCCAGGGCAACCGUCUCGACCCAGCGCCCUUCGUCCAGGUCCUGAGCCUGAUCGACCAGCAGUAUCCGACCAGCGAGCGCGGCGAUGUGCUCAUAUUCGUGAGCGGCGUAAAUGAAAUCGAAUCGGUGGUGGAGGCCGUCCAGGAAUAUGCCACCGAGCAGACGCACUGGCUCGUGCUGCCACUGCACAGUGGCCAGGCAAUCGCCGAGCAGGGCAAGGUGUUCGACUAUGCGCCCGAGGGCUGGCGCAAGUGCAUCGUGUCCACCAACAUCGCCGAAACGUCGCUAACCGUGGACGGGGUGCGGUUCGUGGUCGACUCCGGCAAGGUCAAGGAAAUGAGCUACGACGCCACCUGUAAGGGUCAGCGACUGAAGGAGUUCUGGGUGUCCAAGUCGUCGGCGGAGCAGCGCAAGGGUCGCGCUGGUCGCACAGGACCAGGCGUUUGCUUUCGCCUGUACACCGCGGAUCAGUUCAACGCCUUCGAGGCCUAUCCCACACCGGAAAUCUACCGCGUCCCGCUCGACACGAUGCUGCUCCAGAUGGUGUCCAUGGGAUUGCCCGAUGUCAGAGCCUUUCCCUUCAUUGAGGCCCCGGAAACGGAGCGCAUCGAGCAGACCAUUCUGGCCCUCAAGCAGCACUGCGCCCUUAGCGUGGAGGAGAAGAUCACACCGCUGGGCAGCUCGCUGGCUAACCUGCCCGUGGAGCUGUCCAUCGGCAAGAUGCUGCUCAUGGGCUGUGUCUUCCCGGAGGUGGAGCAGCUGCUGACCCUGGCCGCCAUGCUCAGCGUGCAGAACCCGCUGACAAAUCGUGCCCACACGGAUCAGCGUUGCGUGCGUGAGCGCGAGUCGUUGGAGUCCGACCAGGGCGACCUCUUCACCCUGGUCCGCCUCUACCGCGAGUGGCUGCAGCUGAAGAUCCGGCGCGACAGCACUCGCCAGUGGUGCCGACGCCUGGGCAUCGAGGAGCAGCGCUUCUACGAGGUGACCAAGCUGCGCCAACAGUUCCAGCGCAUCCUCGAGAGCUGCGGCAUGGUGGUGCCCAGCAGCUCCGGUUCCCAGCUGACAGGCGCCGAGCGGGCCACGCGGCACGGCGAGCUGCGCCAGCUGAAGGCUCUCAAGCGCCGCCAACGCUUCGAGCAGCCUCGUCAGCGCAAGUUGCUCAAGCAGCAGCAGGGCGCGCCGCAUGAGGAGGAGGAGGAGGAGCGUAGUGAGGAGCAGGGCGACGACAUGCGGGAUGUGGACUUCCGGCUGCGGUAUGACCACCGGCAACUAGCACUACUGGAGCGCUCGGCGCGCCUCGACCGCCAUCGAGACGUGGUGCUGCUGAAGCUGCUGCUCGGAAGCGGCUUUUACCCGCAACUGGCCGUCGCCGACGAGUUUAACUACUGCAAGGGCGGCGGUCAGCAGUUCUUCCACACGCGGCUCAAGCCCUUCCUGCUGCAACACCCCAACUCCCACUUCGCCAAGCACUACGAGCUGCUCAAGCUGGCCGACAGCGAUCUGCUGCUCAAGCCGGACUUUUACACGCCCAAGCACCCGGUCAGCGAACGCCACCAGUUGCUGUGCUACCAGUCGCUGCUGGAAACCGCCAAGCCCUAUCUGAUCAACUGUAUCCGCCUGCCGGCAGCCCAGACUCUGCUGCUCUUCGGCUUCUCCAUCGACACAAACGCCGGCAUCACCCAGAUCGUCUGCGACGGCUGGCUGGGGUUGGAUCUACCCAUGCCCGGCAGCGGCAUGGAGCUCCUUAGCCGCGCCAUCGCGCUGCGCCGACGGUGGAGCAGUCUGCUUUAUGCCAAACUAGAAGAUCUGAACAACAAGCUGGAAGUAUCCUCAGGUGUGAGCAAUGUGAGCAAUGUGAGCAGCACGCUUUGGCACGAGCUGGUCGACUUCAUGGCGCUGGAUGUGGCGUACGCGAUUCGGCGAUUGCUUCCCGCAGAUAUCAAGCGGCUCUACUCACACCAGGCCCCUUCGGCGCGCCUUAUGGAGCUCAAGCAGAAUCCCUUUGCCGUCGACUAUGCCAUGACCGCCAACGAAGAGAAGGGCGGGCUCAAUGUAUCCGAGCACGUGGUGUACAACUGCUUGGCGGAGCAGCCGUGGACAUUGGCCAUGGACGCGGCCCUCCGCACAGAGCCAUGGCACUGCCCGCACUGCGAUUUCGAGUUGGAUGAGUUCGAUGUGCUGGAACAGCUGGUGCACCGACCCCAGUGUCCGGGUCGCAAGGCGCACGGUCGUAAACCUAGACCGGAUAGCCCGGCUAACACAGCGGAUGCUGACCCUUCCAGUGCAUCCAGAAGCUCAAGCUCCCACUCAUCCGGCGGCUAUUACUGUGACACCUGCAAGCGCAAGUUGCGGUUGACAAAGAUCGACAUGCUGCGCCACCAGCAGCAGUGCCGAAAUAAUAAAUAAUUGACUGAAAUAAA